CGCGCGGCAGCCGCGGGCGGGAGCGGCGGCCGGCGGCAUGGGGUCGCGGAGGGCCCCCGGCCGCGGCUGGGGCUCGGGCGGGCGGCCCGGCCCGGAGGCCGACGGCGAGGACGACGGGCCCGUGUGGAUCCCCAGCCCGGCCAGCCGCAGCUACCUCCUCGGCGUGAGGCCCGCGGCCAGCUUAUCAAGCAACCGGUUGUCCCACCCCAGCUCUGGAAGGAGCACCUUCUGCUCCAUCAUUGCUCAGCUAACAGAGGAGACCCAGCCGCUGUUCGAGACGACGCUCAAAUCCCGGGCUGUGUCUGAGGACAGCGACGUCAGGUUCACCUGCAUUGUCACAGGGUACCCAGAGCCAGAGGUGACGUGGUACAAGGACGACACAGAGCUGGACCGCUACUGUGGCUUGCCCAAAUACAAGAUCACUCAUCAAGGCAACCGGCACACGCUGCAGCUCUACAGGUGUCGAGAAGAAGAUGCUGCCAUCUACCAGGCCUCUGCCCGAAACACUAAGGGCAUUGUGUCCUGCUCAGGGGUCUUGGAGGUGGGCACCAUGACCGAGUACAGGAUCCACCAGCGGUGGUUCGCCAAGCUCAAGCACAAGGCUGCGGCAAAGAUGCGCGAGAUCGAGCAGAGCUGGAGGCAUGGGAAGGAAGUGGUGGGUGAGGCCGACACCCUACGCAAGCUCAGCCCUGACCGCUUCCAGCGAAAGCGGCGGCUGAGUGGGGCCGAGGUGCCAGUCACCGCCAGCCCUCCCAGGAAGGCUGAGGACAAGACCCCGGCAGCUUGGCAGGAGGGAGAGGCUGAGCCUGGUCAGCUCCCUGGCUUGGGCCUGAUCAACAGCUUUGCCUCUGGAGAGGUGACCACCAACGGGGAGGCCAUGCCCGAGAAUGGAGAGGACGGGGAGCACGGCCUGUUGACGUACAUCUGUGGGGCCGUGGAGCUGCGGCCUCAGAGAACCCCCAGAAAGGAGUCUGGGGCCAAGAAGAAAAAGAAAGAUGAGGGACCUAAGCAAGGUCUGCCGAAGCCAGAGUCAGACAAGGCUGCUCAAAGCCACCAUUCUUCUGGAAACCGUGUCCCCAAUUCAGACAGGCCCGACUCCUGUGGGACACAGGGGCCCAUGGACGUGGAGCAGGCUCAGACCCAGCCCAGAGGUGGGCCUGCACGGUGGCCCGGGUCCUCCAGAGUCGACAGCACCAGGAAGCCAGCCUCUGCUGUGGGCACUCAAGACCAGGCCCGCAGUGCCCAGGGCCCCGUCCCAGGCCCAGACCAGGAAGAGUCUUUUUCCCCGAAGGACAUGUAUCUGGAGAGUACCGGGGCAGUCAGGCCUCAGGAGGAGGACAGGUCCCGCUCCGCAGGUGGCAGGGCGCCUGGAGGGACGCCCUCGGGGAAGACACCCAGAGGGGCUGGAGGUGAGAGGGGGCCUGCCACCCCUGGCCAGCCCACACCCUUGGUUCCCCAGCCGACUAGGCCUUUCAACAGGAAGAGAUUUGCCCCUCCGAAGCCCAAAGGGGAGCCCACCACCAAUAGCAAGCCUGAUUCUUCCCCAAGCCAAGCUCCAGAACCUGGGGCCCAGAACGUAGGGAAGGCGCCAGCGCAGGCCUCUGCCCAAGUGCCCACACCCCCUGCCCGGCGGAGACACAGCACCCGGGACAGCCCCCUACAGGAACGAGCCGGCCACAGGACUCCUGGAGAGGUCCCGGAGUCCCAGGCAACCGUGGCUCCCACCGCGCCAGCCAACAACAGUUCCGAGGUGGGCUCCGCUGGCUGCAGCAUGUCAGGGAGUCAGGGCGCCGCUGAGCCCAUGGAUACAGAAAGCCAGAGGGACAGGAGGACGCCGGCUGACCAGAAGGCUGGGAGCAGGAGGCGCCCAGAGGCGGAUGGGAAGGUGCAGGCGGAUGGGAGGGCGCCGGGGGACAGAGCGCAAACUACGUGGAGGACGCAGGCAGACAGGGAGACUCAGGAGGGCACUGCGACCCGAGGGAGUGAGAGGCCAGAGUCAGGCGGGAGCCCCCAGCAGGCUGCGGCGGUACCCGGAGGGGCUGGGACACAGCCGUCGGGGAGCUUGCCCACAGCCUUAGAAGGUCCGUCGGAGAAGCCCGCGACCAGCCACCGCCCAUCGUCCAGAGCGCCUGAGCGCCCGCCUGCCGAGGGUCCCAGGUCUCCGCCGAUCACUGAGUGUCCUGAGCGGGCCCCAGAAGGGCCCCCUGCCCCAGAAGAGCGUGGUCCCAUGCUCAGGUCUGAGAGGGCCGCCUCCAGGCGCUCUGAGGAAGCCCCGCCGGGCCCCCUGGCAGGGAGCCUCCCGCUCUCGGCACAGCGGCCUCCAGAGGGGAGUCUGGAAAAGAUGGGAGGAGAGAGCCGUCGGGGGCUAGAGUGGUCAGGUCCAGUCGAGGACAAGCCAGAGGGCGGCCCGUUCCAGCGCCCGAGGGAGGAGCGGCCGGCGGCAGUGCCGUCUGCGGAUCUGGGCGGCUGUCCUCCGGCCGGCCUGCGCCCAGAGGCGCCCACCCUGCCCUCUUCUCCUGGGACCCGCCUGACCCCCAGCUCACGGGAGGGGCCGCCCAGCCCUCCCACUGCUCAGCACAGGAGCGCGGCUGCCUUCCUGCCCUCUGGGGACCAGGCCUUGCCGAGUGCUGCCAGGCCCCUGCCCCUGGGGCCUGGGACCCACCCCCAGCGUCACCCACCGGAAAGCAUGGCAGCCAGCAGUGAGGGCGCCUGUGCCGAGGUGCCGGGCGUGGAAGGGAGGAGUCCAGGCCCCCGGAGCUGUGACCCCGGCCUCAUCGACUCCCUGAAGAACUACUUGCUUCUGCUGCUGAAACUAUCCAGCCCGGAUUCCCAGGAGGAAGCUGCCACCGGGGGUCUGGCCCCCUCGCCCACUCUGCUCCCCUCUGUGGAAGUGGCUGGGCUGAGUCCCCGGACAUCGAGGCGCAUCCUGGAGCAUGUGGAGAACGACCACCUGGUGCGGAGCGCACAGACCCUGCUGCUGAGCCCCUGCACCUCCCGCCGCCUCACAGGUCUCCUGGACAGGGAGGUGCAGGCCGGCCGCCAGGCCCUGGCUGCUGCCCGGGCCCCUGGCCCCAGUGCCCUCACUGUCCCUGCCAUAGUGGUGGGUGAGGAGGAAGGCCCUGGGCUGCCCUCAGAAGGGUCCAGUGAGGGUGAAGGUGAAGGCUCCUUUGGGACCUCCCAGGAGAGCAGCUUGGGUGGCCCGCUGCUGGAGGAGGGUGGGCAGGCAGCCUCCGGUCAGGGAGCCUUCUCAGCGGACAGUGGAGUCCAGGAGCCCUUUCAAGGGGACGAGCCCCCAGGGGAGGCUCUGGCAGGUCUCCCCGCAGCUACACCCGAGGAACUGGCCCUGGGAGCGCGGAGGAAGAGAUUUCUCCCUAAGGUCAGAGCAGCGGGAGAUGGGGAGGCAACCAAGCCUGAAGAAAGGGAGAGCCCCACAGUUUCCCCCCGGGGGCCCAGGAAGGGCCUUGCCCCUGGGUCCCCUGGGACUCAGGGGCGGGAGAAGCACUCCCCUCCCCAGGGCAGAAAGGCAGGCAUGCUGGAGGUGCCGCGCACAGAGGAGGAGCCUGCGCCGGGAGACCCCCCGGGCUCCAGCCCCAGAGCUGGCCGUCUGGACGCAGAGCAAGCCCUGGGUGAAGGCAGGCAGGAGGCCCCCGACCAGCCGAGGAAAGCUGAAGCCCUGCUGAAAGCUCCCCAGGUAAUCCGGAAGAUUCGGGUGGAGCAGUUUCCGGAUGCCUCGGGCAGCCUGAAGCUCUGGUGCCAGUUUUUCAACAUUGUUAGUAACUCAGUCUUGACCUGGGCCAAGGAUCAGCGCCCAGUGGGCGAGGUGGGCAGAAGUGCAGGGGACGAGGGGCCAGCGGCCUUGGCCAUCGUGCAGGCGUCGCCCGUGGACUGCGGCGUGUAUCGAUGCACCAUCCAGAAUGAGCACGGCUCGGCAUCCACUGACUUCUGCCUCAGCCCCGAAGUGUUGUCAGGAUUCAUCUCCAGGGAAGAAGGUGAAGUUGGAGAAGAGAUUGAGAUGACCCCCAUGGUGUUUGCUAAGGGUCUGGCUGACUCUGGUUGCUGGGGGGACAAGCUCUUUGGGCGUCUGGUGAGCGAGGAGUUGCGAGGGGGUGCACAGGGGUAUGGCCUUCGGAAGGCCUCCCGGGCCAAGGUCAUCUACGGACUGGAACCCAUCUUCGAGUCGGGCCGCACGUGCAUCAUCAAAGUGACCAGCCUGCUUGUGUUUGGACCCAGCAGUGAGACUUCGCUCCUGGGCAGGAACUAUGAUGUCACUAUUCAGGGGUGUAAGAUCCAGAACAUGAGCCGGGAGUACUGCAGGAUCUUCGCAGCGGAGGCCCAGGUCCUGCCUGGCUUUGGGGAGGUGCCUGAGAUCAUCCCACUGUACCUGAUCUACCGGCCCGCCAACAACAUCCCGUACGCUACCCUGGAGGAGGAUCUGGGCAAGCCCCUGGCGUCGUUCUGCUCCCGGGAGGGGGGCGGCGCUGCGGCUCCGGCAGCAUCCUGCAGUCCGGAGGCCGCGCAGAAAUGCCAGACCUUCCAGCACUGGCUGUAUCUGUGGACGAAUGGCAGCUUCCUCGUCACAGAUCUGGCAGGGGUCGACUGGAAGAUGACUGACGUGCAGAUUGCUACCAAACUGCGAGGAUACCAAGGCCUCAAGGAGAGCUGCUCCCCUGCCCUGCUGGACCGGUUUGCUUCCUCCCACCAGUGCAACAGCUUCUGUGAGAUGCUGGGGCUAAAACCCCUCAAGGGCCUGGAGGCCGCCCACCCCCCAGCCAAGGCCAAAGGCUCCAAGAGUCCAUCUUCCGGCAGGAAGGGCUCCCAACUGAGUCCUCAGCCCCAGAAGAAAGGCCUCCCCAGUCCCCAGGGCACCCGGAAGAGUGCCCCAAGCUCCAAGGCCACCCCUCAGGCCUCAGAGGCCAUCGCCAGCCAGUUACUGGGACAGCCUCCCAUUCAAGAGGGGGCCUUCAAGGCCCAGGGCAUGCGGUAGCCUGCACAGGAGGCCGGGGGGCCUCCACUCAGCAGCCGACCAGCAAGGAAGCAGCUGGAACCGAUGGAGACCUCCCCAGUAAGGGGCUGACAGGAGACGGUGUGCGGAGGAGGCUCCCUCCGGGGGCCCCUCAGAGCAGCCUCUCUCCAGCCAGCUGCUCAUCGAAUGGCUCUGGCGCGUGGCAGACAGCCCAGUGGCCUCUCCUGGUGCCAUCAUCACCUGGGGCUCCCAGGCCCCACCUCCGAGUGCCUGGCCACCUAGCCCUCCUUGAAGUUUACACUGGCCACUGCUGGAGGCUCCCCCGAGUCCUCUGCAUGAGUUCUCCAACCCCUCGCCCCAGCCAGACCCUGCCGUGAAUGUUGUACUCUGGGGGCACGCAGGCCAGCAUUUACCCUCUUCCCUCGCUUGGCCCUGAUCCCGUCCUGUCCUUAGGGCUCCAGGCUUCCUCUGCUGUGUCUGGCCACGUGGCUCUCAGGGUGUCUUCUCCUUCCAGCUGCUUUGCCUCAGUCAUGCCAGCUUCCCCUGUGACUACCCUGUCCCUGAGCCCAGAGGGGGCUCAGGGCCUUUCCAGAGCCCGUCAUUUGUGCAGUGGUCUUUGGUGACGUGUGCUCGUGCUUCUCCUGCCCCCAUAACUCAGGUACUCACCUGCUUCCCGUGCUCCCUUGCGCCCUGUGCCCACUCCUGGCUUUGAGCCCAAGUGCAGCUUGCUGCCUGCCCUUCACUGACUCUGCUUGUCCCCUUGCCCAAAGGCUUCCCUAGCCUGAUUCGGUACCUGCCCACCAGUGCCCAGCUGAGAAGCAGACCCCUGGCUCUCAGUCCUCCCCUGCUUCUCCCAGGCCCUCUGCCCAUGAGGUGAGAGCUGGCUUGAGGGUUGUGUCAGCUGCUGCGGCCAGAGGGAAGGUGUUGACUUUGAGGGACCUUGUACUCCAGACUGAAGAGGUGGGGUCACACUGAAUUUUGCAUCCCCUCUUGACCAGGGAUGAAGGGCUGGGAGAGAGGGCCCGGGAGUUCUUGGAGGGAUGUAACCCACCCACGUGCUGGGGUGGAGGGGUGUCUUUGAGCCUGGGAAUUAGGACACUUGCUCACAGCCUUAGCUUUUGAUCCUGGGGCUCCAGCUCUGGGGCCUCGUAUAUGGGCUCCCAAGAAAUUACUGUGCUCAGCCCAGCACCCGGUCAUUCCUGAGAGCCCGUCCUUGAGGCCUGGGGCUGCUCUGCUCCCCCUGGACUAUAAUAAAGGCAGUGACUGUGUAUCCUGCUUGUCCUCAUCUGAUGUGCUUGUAGGUAUCUAGGGUCAGGAUCCCCUCUCACCAGGCAGGCUCUCCGGGGCGUCUUGCAGCCCCUGGAGAAAUGAGUCCAUCCUGGACUGACAUUCACUGUCAGCCUUCUGUGGCCACAGCUAGACAGUCAGUGCUUCCGGUAUAACCGAGGGCUGAUGGCUUGUGCCCCUUGGCAGUGUGUCUGGGAACUUAGGCCUUUGAAAUUGCUCCUUCAUUUGGAAAAGGAAUAUAAAGCAGGGAGUCCAGGAAGGAAGAGAAGAGCCGGGGGCUCUGGGGACACGCUGUGUCUCCAGCUGUGUUCGCUGCAGCGUGAGUGGCCCAGGGGUGACCAGUGUCUGCCUCUCAGCUGCUCACUGGCCUUUUCCUGCUUCCCAGGCUGCAGAGGCUCCUCAUUCCCGACCCCGGCCACCACCUGGCCUUUCCUUGCCUGACACUGACCCCCUCCAUUUUGACAUUUCUGACUUUUCUACCUCCUCUUGUGCUCAGGUGGCUUUACUCCCUUUGUCCUCUCGCCCCAGUGCGCCCCCACCUCUCGCAGCUGCGUAUCCAGCUUGCAUGGUGAACUGAGAGCUGGAAUGUCGUUCAUUCAUUCAUUCGUCCAUUCACUCAGCAGACAUACACUGAAACUGAGCACCUUUAUGCCAAACUCUGAGCUGAGUCAAAAGACCCUCUUUCCAUCGGGUUUCUUGGGUUUUGAGCAGUAGAUGUGGACUCAGACCAACUUAAGCAAGGAAAAAAGGUUCCUGGGAAGGGUGAUGGCUACCCCACAGGACCGAAGGAAUAGCGGACCACUGGCCUUGAGAGGGGAGGGCAAGAGCCAGCGUGGCUGGAGAGCCUGCCUGCAAGGGGCUGCCGACGUCGGCCUGUCGGUACCAACUGGCCGUCGGCUCCUGUGGGUCUCCACUCAAGAUUCAGAUUUCCCCCUAGAGCUCAGAGCAUCGCAGAGCAGGAGAGAGGCCGUUCUCCAAAGGAUGGGGAUUCUUACCGGAGGGAUGGUGGCAAGAGGGAGGGCAGAAAGGGCUUGGUAGGCAGCAGAAGAUACCCUUACACACGCACGCACACUCACACACAUGUCCUUCCCACAUACAACCCAAAGCAAAUCCCUCUCUGCUUGGGGAGACCACCGAAGGCCACAUCCAAUGGCUAAGUCGGGGUGAUGGACAGGGCUGCUGACCCCCAAAGUCCAUUGCCACUAGGGAUGCUCUUCCCUCCUUCACCACAAGCCCAUGUUGAAAUUCUGCAACCUGUAGGUAACUGGUAUGGGCAGAGGCUGCAGUCCACUUCUGCAACUGUCAGGAGGACUAGCGUUUAGACUAGGGGGUUGCCUGUUGGAGUGAAGCCAUCCUUCAGCUCCAAGGUCCCACUCCCCUCACUCUAUUCCUGUGGCUUUAACAAGAGAGGAAUUUGUCCUGACCAUGGGCCCUUCUUCCGGAGUUAGAUUUGCUUUCCUUACGCAUCAUGUCUCUCCUACCAUCAGUACCCACAGACUUACCAAAUGCGAUAAACAUAACCAUAGUAUCCCCAUAUACUGCAUCCAAUCAAAGAACACACGUUACAGAAAAAGAAAAGUAAUGAGUAGAUGCCUAAGGCAUUCACACACCUCACCAGGACCCCCCAGUCCGGAAGUGGUCAACCUGUCGGUGUAGUGGAACCCCACCUACUGGUGGUGUGCUCUGGCCGCGCCUGACUGUGCGGGCUGGUCAGACAGCCCGUGUUCACGAGGGGCAGCGUGAGCCCCUGGCGCGCUGUGGCUAAGCAUUCAGGCUCUCCCAGAGCCCUGCGGCAAACCAGAGGGCCGUGUCUCAGAAGGGUAAUAGUUACUUGCCACAAGCUCCGUAUGGCACUCUGCUCUGCCAGGGCUCCACACGGCUCCCCAGCACCAUUGCAUCUGCCAAGUCGUGUGACCUUUGGGGCAGGACCAAAGGGUUUCUCAGCUGGUGAGCCUUUCUUUCUCCGAAGCUGGUGACCCUCUAGGACAGUCAGUAAACGGGUUGGAGCAAGAUGGCCCAAAGCGAUCAUUUUGCCUGGAAUUGGGCCUUAGUGGUAAGAAGUUCCCAGUGCAGUAAUUUGUUCCACAUUGUGGAGGAAAUCAUUCUGAUCUCAACGGACCCCUGAGCCCUCAGGAACUUUAUCCAGCGGACAGACCUUUGCAUUUUCACAUGAUUUAUCUCCCGUCUCUGACUCCUGUAUGUCUUACCAAGGCAUCUAGGGAAACUGCCGAUCUCCAGGCCCUAAUCGGCCUGAGGCCACAGUCUGAUAGAACACUGCUGGGCAGGUGGUGGCCCAGAGCUGGACAGCUACAACAUUGCAUGUCUUUAAGCCAGAACAACAGUGCUGCCCUGCCAGGUGAAGGUGAAUUGCUUCUGAUGUUCUUCAUUCAACAAAAUAGAGAAAAAAUGAAUUCACUACAUCAAAGGAUUCAUACCAGAUGAAUUUACUUUGGCAAGAAGACCAUCUCUGGAACUAUGCCUGCGGUUGGAGACAUCACUUUUUAAUGUUUACAACAAUCUGAAGACCUCGUGGUGGUCUGUCCUGCCAAGCUGAGCUGUGGUAGGAAUCACUAUGAAUUCAUUCUCAAGUCUUGAUAACGCCGAUUUCUACAAUCCUCCCCAGGGAUAUGGCAUUACGUUUGAUUUACAUUUUGGUAGGGAGAGAAAGUUCUAAUGGCUUGUGCUUGUCCUGUCCUACCAUAAUCAUUCUUACCUGCAACUCAGCCAUUGUGGGUGUUGUGCUUGUUUCAAAAUACAAUGAUCUCAACUCUACACUCAAAAUAACCCCUGGUUGGUUUUGAGAUUCCACUGGGUCUACUGUGGCACAACAUUUGGUCUAUUAAUCGUCCCCUUUGAUUGGUAGAGCACAUGCUUUUCCUAUUGUCCCCAGAUAAUAGCUUGGAGCCAGUGUCCUACAGAGCUCCUUUCCCCAAGUGGACAUAUUUUCCCUUUCCUUUUAUAGUUCCUAGAUAGGUGGACACAGACCCCAUUGGGGAAGACUGCUAGGAAGGGUCACUAUGAAUCUAAGUGUUAAAACAAGGUUUUCCUUCAAACAUAAUUGACUCUCCAUUGAAGGUCUGGAAAUUAAAUCGGAGAUUUUGACUCUCUUUGACUCUUGACAAAGGCCUGUUUGCCCAACCGAAGUCUUUAGUCAUGGUAAUAACUAGCUAAUAUCUUAGGGGCUGUCUGGUCCCUUUCAUUCCUGGGACCCAGUGAUUGAUUAACAACAGCUAGAAGUCUAGUUUCCAUUCCUGUGUCCCUCACGAUGGCUUCCUCUCCUCUGUUCCUUCUGUGUCUCUCUGCUGCUGAAGUCAGGGAGCUCAUCUUCACAGCAGCUCUUCAAACCAGCAUUCCAGGCCUGUAGAGGAGCCCCAGCAGAGCCUCACCAGUUCAUUUCUCGUGGGGAAAAGUGAGACCAUCUUCUGGGGCCUGUCAGACAGUGAGAGGGUGGGUGGGCUGGAUGCAUGCCAGGGACCCAAUAAAGCAUUCUUGUCUCUUGAAA